AUGCCAGCAAAUAACAAUCUAAGUCCGAUCUCUUGUGAGACAUGCAGACAGCGAAAAUGCAAGUGUGACCGCAAACUUCCUUGCUGUUCACAGUGCUCAAAUGAGCCAUCGAGAUGUGUAUAUCCCGAAAGUGGCAAAAGGGGCUUACCUCUCGGAUAUCUCAAUCAACUUGAACAAAGGCUAGCUGAAACCGAGUCAGCUUUAGAGAGUUUCAGUCCUCGUACAUUUCCGAAGAGUCUGCAGUCAUCGUUUGCAUUGUCAAUGGCAAUGCCUUAG